UCCACCCCGCAGGCUGCAGCCACUCAGCCUCGACAGUAGGGUUCUCCGACACGACCACUCGCGUCCCGUCGUCUCGGUCAAACCCUGACACUCUUCAGCUCCCCGGUUCAGUCCGCGGUGGGAAGGCAGGCGAGUCUCUUCCGCCGCCAUUUUUUAGGGAACCUACUGUCGUGGAGAGAAACUUUGCUAGCCGCUAGCGGCUAGCUCGCUGUGACAGUUUACGCCUGGCAGCGGCUAGCUCAAUUAUUCCAGCGCCGAUGACUAAAGCGAUUCAGGCUGAAGCCAACAAUUAUCCUGCACUUUGAAGUCUGUGUCCGGGCAGGGCAAUUAUGCGGUUUAGAUCAGCGAAUUAGCAUUGCUAACUCGUCAGCUAGCGGAUUCCCACUUUGAUUUCUGUGAUUUCACCGCGCCGCGUUUCAGGCUGACGGGAUUAUCCAGCCGCCUCAUCCGCCUGCGUGGAUCCAUUUCGACCAGGCGUCCAUGUGCUGCUUCCUCAGACUCGCCCGUUACCGCAGAUGAAUCGUCAGCUGCGUCGGCACAGCUCAGCACCCAGAUAGUCCCGUCCGCUUGGCGUGGGUGAUCAGGGACUGCUUUGACCAGGAUGCCCUCCUCUGUAAGGGCAGGGAGCCUAAAAGAUCCGGAGGUGGCUGAGCUCUUCUUCAAAGAAGACCCAGAGAAGCUUUUCUCUGACCUCCGAGAGAUCGGCCAUGGCAGCUUUGGCGCCGUCUACUUUGCACGGGAUGUGCGCACAAACGAGGUGGUGGCGAUUAAAAAGAUGUCCUAUAGUGGCAAACAGUCUAAUGAGAAAUGGCAGGACAUUAUAAAGGAGGUGAAGUUCCUCCAGAGGAUCCGCCACCCCAACAGUAUAGAAUACAAAGGUUGUUACCUCCGUGAGCACACAGCAUGGCUGGUGAUGGAGUACUGUCUGGGCUCGGCCUCCGACCUGCUGGAAGUUCACAAAAAGCCUCUACAGGAGGUGGAGAUCGCCGCCAUCACACACGGUGCUCUGCAGGGGCUGGCCUACCUCCACUCCCACAACAUGAUCCACAGGGACGUGAAGGCAGGUAACAUCCUGCUAACGGAGCCGGGACAGGUCAAACUGGCGGACUUCGGCUCUGCCUCCAUCGCUUCACCUGCCAACUCGUUUGUGGGAACGCCGUAUUGGAUGGCCCCAGAGGUGAUUCUAGCUAUGGAUGAAGGCCAGUAUGACGGGAAGGUGGAUGUCUGGUCUUUAGGGAUCACUUGUAUAGAAUUAGCGGAGAGGAAGCCUCCCUUGUUUAAUAUGAAUGCAAUGAGUGCCUUAUACCACAUAGCGCAGAAUGAAAGCCCCACGCUGCAAUCCAGUGAAUGGACGGACUACUUUAGAAACUUUAUCGAUUCUUGCCUUCAGAAAAUCCCCCAAGACAGACCACACUCUGACGACAUGUUGGGCCAUGCGUUUUUGCAACGUGAGCGUCCGGACUCGGUGCUGAUGGACCUCAUUCAGAGAACCAAGGACGCAGUGCGAGAGCUGGACAACCUGCAGUACCGCAAAAUGAAGAAGAUCCUCCUCCAGGAAGCCCACAACGGGCCCACCGCAGAGGCCCCCGACGCAGACGAGGACCUGGAGCCGGGCGCGGGUCGGACGGGCACGGUGAACAGCGUGGGCAGCAACCAGUCCAUCCCCAGCAUGUCCAUCAGCGCCAGCUCCCAGAGCAGCUCCGUCAACAGCCUGAACGAAGCGGCCCAGGACAGCCGCAGCGAGCUGGAGCUGAUGGACGGAGACCACACCGUCAUGUCCAACAGCUCCGUCAUACACCUCAAACCGGAGGAGGAGGAGAGUUUCUCUGGGGAGCAGGCAGCCAGCAGCCAGCCCACUGAGCCCCAGGCGACACCAGCACAGGGCUCCAGGAAGCACUACCGCAACCGAGAGCACUUUGCCACCAUACGCACAGCGUCACUAGUUACCCGCGAGAUGCAGGAACACGAGCAGGACUCGGAGCUGAGGGAACAGAUGUCGGGAUACAAGCGCAUGAGACGGCAGCACCAGAAGCACCUGAUGGCGCUGGAGAACAAGCUGAAGGGGGAGAUGGACGAGCACAGGCUCAGGCUGGACAAAGAGCUGGAGAGCCAGAGGAACAACUUCACCCAGGAGAUGGAGAAGCUGCUGAAGAAGCACCAGGCGGCCCUGGAGAAAGACCUCAAGACGUUUACCAACGAUGAGAAGAAGUUCCAGCAGCACAUUCAGGUUCAGCAGAAGAAGGAGCUCGGCAGCUUCUUGGAGUCACAGAAGCGGGAGUACAAACUGCGUAAAGAGCAGCUUAAAGAGGAGCUGAGUGAGAACCAGUCGACCCCCAAGAAAGAAAAGCAGGAGUGGCUCUCGAAGCAGAAGGAGAACAUCCAACAUUUCCAGGCGGAGGAGGAGGCCAACCUGCUGAGAAGACAGAGGCAGUACCUGGAGCUGGAGUGUCGGCGCUUCAAACGCAGGAUUCUCAUCGCCAGACACAACGUGGAGCAGGAUCUGGCCCGAGAGGAGCUGAACAAGCGGCAAACCCAGAAAGACCUGGAGCACGCCAUGCUGCUGAGGCACCACGAGUCCAUGCAGGAGCUGGAGUUCAGGCAUCUGGGGACCAUCCAGAAAGCCCGGGCGGAGCUGAUCCGAACCCAGCACCAGACUGAGCUCACCAACCAGCUGGAGUACAACAAGAGGCGGGAGCGGGAGCUCAGGCGGAAGCACGUCAUGGAAGUUCGACUGCAGCCCAAAAGCCUCAAGUCUAAGGAGCUUCAGAUCAAGAAGCAGUUCCAGGAGACGUGCAAAACCCAGACCAGGCAGUACAAGGCCCUCAGGAACCAUCUGCUGGAGACCACGCCCAAGUCCGACCACAAGGCAGUGCUGAAGAGGCUGAAGGAGGAGCAGACCAGGAAGCUGGCCAUCCUGGCCGAGCAGUACGACCACUCCAUCAACGAGAUGCUCUCCACACAGGCUCUGCGGUUGGAUGAGGCUCAGGAGGGCGAGUGUCAGGUUCUGAGGAUGCAGCUGCAGCAGGAACUCGAGCUGCUCAACGCCUACCAGAGUAAGAUCAAGAUGCAGACGGACGCUCAGCACGACAAGGAGAGGAGGGAGCUGGAGCAGAGGGUGUCUCUGCGGAGGGCUCUGCUGGAGCAGAAGAUUGAGGAGGAGAUGCUGUCCCUGCAGAACGAGCGGCUGGAGCGGAUCCGCUCUCUGCUGGAGCGCCAGGCCCGAGAGAUCGAGGCCUUCGACUCGGAGUCCAUGCGGCUGGGCUUCAGCAACAUGGUGCUCACCAACCUGGCCCCCGACUCCCAGGGAGGCUGGGGGGGAGGAGGCGGCGGCGGAGGCCAGGGGGCUCAGGGGGGAGGCCACUGGCCCGGGGGAGGCGGGGGGAGCGGCCACCACGGCCACCACCACCAGGGGGGCUCCGGCUCGCAGCAGCCCUGGGGUCACCCCAUGCUGGCCGGCGGCCCGCCUCCCUGGAGCCUCCACCACCCGGGAGGGGGGAGUCAGAGGAGCAGCCAGGGAGGCGCGGGGGGGGUGAGGAACAGCCCCCAGGCCAUGAGGAGGACGUCAUCCGGGGGGAGGAGUGAACAGGGCAUGAGCAGGAGCGCCAGCAUCACCUCUCAGAUCUCCAACGGAUCCCACCUGUCCUACACCUAGUGGUCUCACACACACUCACACACACUCACGGCAGCACUACAACUGUCUUAAAGUUACAUCGUUGUGUGCCGAGGUCACACUGCACACACACACACACACACACACACGUUUUCCACACAGUUGUGGGUUUACCGAACCCCGAUCCUUCCCCGUCAGUCUGUGGAAACCCAGAGGAGCGGAGCGCGGCGCGCCGCCGUGCUUUAGUGUCAUAUCGUUCUCGCCGUCUCUGUUGCCAUAGACCCGAGUAGAACCUUCACCCUCCGUCAGCAGUAUAGUCGUUACACACACAGGUUUUGAGGCCGCCGUGGCGCGUAUUGGAAACCUUGUGUUCGGUGUGCAGUUUUUAAAGAUGAGUUACAGGCGUGUCCCGCGGAGAACAGCGAAUGAGAUUAUUGUUGACGUGCAGCGGGAGGGAAAUGAGCAGAGGAGGAGAGCUUCUUACAGGUGGAGCCAGAAGAGGAAGAAGGUAGUUGGUAAGUUAGAACCAGCUGGUAUUCCAGGGACCUGUUGUGUCGUGGAUCAUGGGAAAAAUAUGCAGUUUUAGUGUUUUGAAACCUAAAGAAAGGAAAUCUAAAACAGUUGAUUUAUCUCCUGUUCUUCUUAACUCACCUAGAAUUUCAAGGGGAACGCAGAUAUGAGAUGACAGGAGAAAAUCCACCCAGCCAGACUGAUGCGUUAAAGCAUAAAACUGCAUGUUUCCAUGUUUAGGAGUUACCGGAGGACUGUAGGCGGAGCUGUUGAGAUGCCAAAGGCGGAGGGGUUCGUUAUAAAUAUUCAUGCCAAAAUUGUGCCAGAAAAGUGCAGUUUGAGUUUAGUUAACGGCCAAGUAGCAGUAGGUGCAUGUGUCGCCACACCAGAGAAAAGGAGGCCGCCGCCGGCCCGCUCUCCCGGGUUUCCACGGGCCUCGGUCCUCCACCCUCCUGACGGUGGAGCGUCAGCGGCCCUCCUGACAGGGACGGCUCUUUCAGCAGCACCGAACCUCAACGCCAACAGUUUUUAAGCUUUUUUCGUCUGCGGCGGGAAACGCCGCGCGACCACCUGAACCACGCCCGCCUGCCCACCUCGAGAGCAUGGAGCAGGGCGUCGCCCUGACUCCACCGUGACUUGCACUUUGGCGCAGGCCUUCACACACACUAAAACCGUUAAUCAGACAUUGUUACACACAGCCGCACACAUUCGAUCCCCGAGUCGAAGCGUGUGUUAACUGGGCUGAUAAAUGCAUGUACAGAGAGAGUCGGGUCGGAAGUGUAAAAAAAAAAAAAAAAACAGAAUUUUUUGGAAAAUAGCACACCUGCAAGCCGAGCUGGACGUAAGCGAGCGCCGCACUCAGCUCCAAGCAAAUUUAAAACUAGAAAAAUCAUUUCAAGCUUCUCUGUUUGAGUGAUAGCCAAAAAAAAAAUAAAAACAAGAAUACUUUUUUUUUUUUUUUAAGAAAACCAUUGAAAGCCCUGAAAUGAAUGAGCCCAGACUGAGGAGCUGGAGCGCCCUCUGCUGGCUGGUGACUGCUGAAUGUCUCAGUGGGCGGAUGGAUGGGUGGUGAUGCUGUGAUCUCCGCUGCCAUGCCCCUGCAGCCUUCCCCCGGCGUGACACCCCGCUCUGCCUCACCCCCCCGAUGACCGCAGCCGCCUCCCCGCUUCCCUCCCCCCCCCCCCGAGCCUGUUGUGGUCCUCACCCCCCCUCCCCGAUCCUCAUCUGCAAAGAGCUCUUCAAGUGGAGGAACAACAGAUGUGUAUUAUUCUCUAAAGUCUAUAUUGAGAGGAACGACAGAGGAGGUUUAUAGAGAAGGCAGAGCUGGAAGUCUUAUGUGAAGUGCAGAGAUGAUGCAUUACGGUUCUCAGAGGUGGAAUGUACAGCAAACAUGUUAAUAUUGUAUAUUUUGAAUUAAUGGAAAUCUAAAAAAAAUUGACAGAUCACGGACAAAAUUAACUUGCAGGCACAAUGGCCCGGCCCCAGAGCGAUCGAUUUCCCGCCGCUGAGUUUGCACCGUUGUGAAACGUGCUACCGAUACUCUGACCACACCACUUCAGUUCAGAUUGCCUCAGAAAACAGGCAGCGGCUCUGCGGUGAUGUCUGAGGAUGAUUUUGCACAUUAUUUGAAACCCAGCUAGACGCAGCCUUGGCGUUGGCAUUGGGCUCCAUUUUACUGACAUUAUGGUUCCCAGUAGAGAAGAGUGGGAUCUUCAGAAGGUUUGAAGAUUCUCAGGCCUGACCACAGAAACAGUGAGUGAAAGCCUAAACACCCCUGAAACGCUAUAUCGGUGCACUCUGUAACCUGAAAUCUUAAAUUCUUGCACAAGCCAGUGGAAAUCUUGUCCACUUCAGGUUUUGAAAAGGCUUCGGGUGUUUCCAAACCCCACGAGAACAGAGGAACUCGUUCCCGCUCUCAGAGCUGCGAGAUCAGAUCGACGUUCUGGUUUUCUCGCAGCUCCGCUUCGGGACUUUUCACAGCAUUAAAAGUAACUUUUAAUUUCUCUGUUGUCGCGGCGUUUGCAUCCACCUCCAGACCUUCGUAACGAGCGCCGGCCUCAUGUCUGACUCCACCAGAGGCUUUUCCGCGCUGCACUUACAGUAAUUUAUUUGCCUUUAAAGAAACUCCCAGCAUCCCGCUCAGUUUUCUUUUAGUUUUUUUUUUUUCUCAGAUCUGAAAACGACAGAGCGAACCCAGAAUGCCAGCGCGGCGUGGAACUGACUGACUCCUCUCCUGCUUUUCUUCGGUGUUCUUAACGCCAGGAUGGUUUUUAUUUCCCCCACAACGCGUCGGACGGGCCUGGCGAGCCCUCCUCUUGUGUUUACGCGGCGGUCGGGGCAGAGCGGAGCGCUUUAGACCUUGGUCACUCUGAACUGGCUCGGUCGCACUGAUUGCACAAGUGACUGACCAGAUGAGAGUCUACUGUGAUCCCCCCCACCCCCACCCCCUCUCCGGCGGGGGGCGGCUGCCAUUGGCUGAGAGUCGGCGGGAGGCAGGGUUACGUCUCUGUACAGUCUGUUUAUCAGUAUUCCUUUUAUCUCUCCUGUCAUUUGAUGGAUCUUGCUGUUUUAUUCUCCCUGAGAUCUGUAUUAAACUGUAUUAAAUUGUAUAGAUUGUGCAAAAACAAAAAGAGAAAGAAAGCUGAAUGUCUCAUAGCAGAAGAGAACAGAUAUUC